AAAAAGGUAAAAAGCUUCAAAAAACUAGAUUUCAAACCCAACUUCUCGUGUACCAUCAAUUUUCCAUAAAAACAAAAAAUAAGAACAAGCAAAACUUGUCUUCUUCGUCUGAAAGAACAGAUUUAAAAAGCAUCUUCAAUGAGCCCAAAGGAUCUAUAGCAUAUGGCAUCAGAAUUAUUAGACGAUUUAUGCAAACAAAUUUAUACGUGUCGACGUUGUAAGCAAACAUUUACCUCAAAACACGAUCAACUAAUGCAUAAAAAAGAGAAACACGAUCAAAAUCCAGCUGAAAAUAGUUAUGUAUGCAAUUUGUGCCAAAAGACCUUUGCCAAUCAUGGCAAUUUAGAGCGUCACAUGAAAGUACACAACGAUGUCCGACCUCACAUCUGUAACGAGUGUAAUAAAUCUUUCGCCCAAGCUGUGAACUUGCAACGUCACUACUCCGUUCAUAAUGGCGAUCGACCAUAUCAAUGCCAAUUAUGUGAUAAAUCCUUUACACAACAAGGAAAUUUGCGUCGUCAUGAGCUCAUUCAUACCGGCGAGAAGCCAUUUCAGUGUGAACGAUGCAAUCGUUCGUUCUCACAGAGGAUCAAUCUUAAAAAGCAUAUGAUGGCUCAUCAAGGAUUUCGUCCGUUUGUGUGCAGUGUGUGCCAGAAGUCUUUCAUACAAUCUCAGAACUAUAAGAAGCAUCUCAAUAAACAUCAAAAGGAGUCAGUUAGACAGGAGCAGGCUGAUGCUACAGUGGCAAAGGUUAAGAUAGAACCAGCGAUAGCAACAUUUGGAGCUACGUUAGCUAAACUUAAAAUCGAUCCAAUGAUGUACGGGAGUGGUGGGCCGAAUCGAGCGGUAUUCGAACAAUUAAGUGGAUUUGAACCACACGAGUUUUUUGGUUACAACAAUUGACGCAGCAGCAGCAAGUGCAAUGAAGCACAAUUACGGAGUUAGAUAUAUGAAUAAAUCGUUAUAAUGUUUGAGAUAUUAGUUUAUACCUAAUAAUUUUUCUACUAGCAAAAUGCAAUUGAAUUGCUUUUUGAAAGUAACUCGUGGUCUGCGUUUUUUAAAUGUAUAUACAAAUUAUAUAUAAAGAAGUUGUAGAAAUAAAUGCAAUUUGUAGGAAUGUUAA